UUGUGCAUAUCAUUGUUGCACAACUACAUCUGCACACCGAUCCAAGUACGUAUACAAGCAGUUUCUUCAAAUUGUGUCCUGUCAUUCGCAAGCGACUCACAAGUGAGCAUUUUUUGGUUACACGAUUUCAAUUUUCAUCCUGAAUAAAAACAAAUAGUUGAAUUUCGCUAGCACACAGAAUCAACAAAUAGAUAUUUUAACGCAAAAUGCCGUCAGAAAGUGUGGUUGUAAAUAAAGUGAUUGUGCAUCCGCUGGUUUUGCUCAGCGUUGUCGAUCAUUUCAAUCGAAUGGGUAAAAUUGGCAAUCAGAAACGUGUUGUUGGUGUUUUACUUGGUUGCUGGCGACAGAAAGGUGUACUCGAUGUAUCGAAUAGUUUUGCCGUUCCAUUCGAUGAAGACGAUAAAGAUAAAUCGGUUUGGUUCUUGGAUCAUGAUUAUUUGGAUAGUAUGUAUGCUAUGUUUAAGAAGGUGAAUGCUCGUGAACGUGUCGUCGGUUGGUAUCACACCGGACCAAAAUUGCAUCAAAACGAUAUCGCUGUAAACGAAUUGAUCCGUAGAUAUUGCCCGAAUUCAGUGCUCGUUAUCAUCGAUGCCAAGCCAAAAGAUCUUGGCCUUCCAACGGAAGCCUAUAUUGCCGUUGAAGAGGUGCACGAAGAUGGUACACCAACAUCAAAAACAUUCGAGCAUGUACCCAGCGAGAUUGGCGCCGAAGAAGCUGAAGAAGUCGGUGUAGAGCAUUUACUGCGUGACAUCAAAGACACUCGAGUUGGCAGUUUGUCGCAAAAAAUUACAAAUCAAUUGCUUGGCCUGAAAGGGCUGAACGCUCAACUGCGUGAUAUCAAAAAGUAUUUGAUUAAAGUGGGCAAUGGCGAGCUGCCCUUGAAUCACCAAAUCGUAUACCAAUUGCAAGAUAUACUCAAUCUACUGCCCGAUGUCACGACAGACAACUUUACCGAAACGAUGUACGUGAAAACCAAUGAUCAAAUGCUGGUUGUUUAUUUAGCAUCAAUGGUGCGAUCGAUCAUUGCGCUACACAAUUUGAUCAACAAUAAACUGACCAAUCGUGAUGCUGAGGAGGGUAAGAAAGAUGAAGGCAAGGAUAAAAAGGAUAAAGAUAACAAGGAUUCCAAGGACGGUAAAAAAGAUGAUAAGGAAGCGGCCACCAAUGGAACGGCGAAAAAAGAUGAAAAAACCGAUAAAACGAAAGACGAAAAGAAAAAGUAAAGAUCCCACCCGAUCAUCUCAUGCAAUCGCAUCGAUUCAAAGAGCAGCAGCAGCGCGUGUGUCUUUUUUUUUCUUUUUUUCUACAUCGUUCAAAGGCGACACUUUCAUUCGUCUUUGUCUAUUUAUUGAGCCAAAAAUGUCCAUUUCGGAAUACUUAACGCUCGAUCAUCUCUCCCUUUUUUUAUAAAUUCAUUAUUUCACUAAUAAAGAAAUAAAAAAAAGAAA